AUGCCUCCAUUCCGCAAUCCAUUCAACAAAAAGCCGCCGGUCGUCAAUGGCGUGCCAACCAUCGCAGACGAGAAUGUCAGGCCUUCCCUUGGCGUUCGUGGUGACCAUGCAUCGGAGAAGUCGAGCUACACUGGCUCAAGAGCUUCAUCAUCAUUGAGCAUUAAACCAAGGAAGGAGGAGACUGCUGAGUACAAAUUGAGCGUUGUCAACGAUAGUGGUGUCUAUCUUCCCCCUUCGCCGCCAGAAAAGAAGAGCUUUUGGCAGAAAUCACCCACAUCCACCAUGUCCUCCAACCACCGAAGCAUGCUCAACGAAAACGAACCUUUCUCUAUCUCCCGCGAAUCGUUCGACUCAUAUCGCAGAUCGUUCGACAUCUCCGCCCGCUCUCCAGUCUACUCACACGAGUCUACCGCCGCACGGCAAAGCCUAGACUCCACAAUGUCCCGUCCGUCGCGUUCCGCAGUCAAAUCCGACUCGUUCUCUCGACCUGAGCCCACAACCGAGGACGAAGAAGGCUUCGAGGAUGUUGGACUCAACGAUGAAGGAAAGCAACCACCGAAGAAAAAGAGCAUCUUCGCGCGCUUUGGUGACAAUUCUGAGACGCCAGUGACGGGGGAUGCUCCUCGACCAACUUCGAGUCACAGAGGCUUUCAUCUUCCAGGCAGGAAGCGUGGGCAGAGUGUUGGUCAAGGUGCCGAGCUAGGUAACAUGGAUCGGCCGAUUGCCAAUGGGAACGAUGAUGGAAUCGUUAGAUAG